GACACUGCUCUCGCUUGCCGCACCGCGCAGUCUCGCUAGAGCGCGCUCCAGUGUACGCCGCUAUCGCGCGACACAAAAUGGAUUCCAACUCAAACAAUUCCGAUUUGUGCUGGCCCAAAAUGGAAUACGAUUCCGACGGCGACCGGGAACCGGCGAAAAAGGUUGACAGGCCGCAUUGGAAUUCGGAGAACACUAUGAAAUUGAUAGAAACAAUGGAACGGGAAUGCAAAGAAUUAUGGGACACGAGUCAUCCGUUGAACAAAGUUAGAACCGCGCGGCAGGCGAAGUACGAGUAUUUAGCGACUAUGUUCGGGACUACCGCUGAGGAGAUAAAUAGAAAAGUCCAUAAUUUGCGGACACAGUUCAACAAUGAGUUGAGGAAGAUAAAACGGAAGCAGGGUGGGGUGCCGGAGGUGAGCGGGUGGGAGUAUUUCGACUCCCUCCUGUUCCUCCAGCGAGCGCCUCUCGUGGAACCCCUCGACUCGUUAGAGGCUGUUAAUCUCGAGCUCGCAGAAUUCCAAGCGGACGAAGAAAUAGAAUUCGGGGCGGCACGCGCCCGAUCAUCUGCGACGUUUUCACCGAAACACCGCAAGUCUGCGAUCCGUGUGCCCGCCAACAUUCCCUCCUCCCACUGUGAGGUCCGCGUUGCCCCUCUGCCCCCCGCCGCGCACCCGAUGAUGUGGCCCGAGGAACCUAAGCCGCGGAUCAGGCCUGGAAUUACGCCUGAUGAAUGUCAGAUAUUCGGAGAUUUCGUGGCAUCUGAACUGCGCACGCUUCGCUCCGCAGAGAAUCGUAAGCGACUCAAACGCAUCAUCCAGAAGGCGAUAUUACAGAUCGGAGAGGAAGAAGAUGUCAAUAUUAUACGAUCUUAAAGAAAUCAUUUCAACUGUUAGUCAUUUAACAUAAAAUUGAAGAUAAAUUUAUUGUAUCUACUAUGUAUGUUGCUGUUUUUUUAACUGAAGUUUCGUAUGGUUUCUAUUUAUCUAAGUUAGUUUAAUAGGUUUGAUUUAUAUUGAUGAAAGCUAAUUCAUCAUUUGUGAUAUUUUUGUAUCCUUCCUAUUAAUAAAGUUUCUUGUGUACAUGCGUAAUUGUAAUAUUUUCAAAAAUUAAUUAUUCCUAGAUUAAUAUUCCCAAAUACUAUUACACUAUACAAAAGUAAUAUAUCCUAAUACCUGUAAUAUCUUUUUAAUAUGUUGAAUUAAAUCAAACAUUCGAUUAACAUUGGUGUCUUUUAACGAUGUUUCUAAAAAAAUAAGUCCAGUAAAACGAAAAAUUAUACGUAAGAUAUUUAAAAAAAUGCAAUUAAUUUUAUGAUCUGUAUCCCUAUUAGCUGUAAUUAGCUUAAGGUUUUAAUGUAUAUAAAGAUCUAAA